UGUGAUAAUUGCUUUGAAUGGGAGGAAAGAGUGCGGCUUGCGGUUCAAAUUGUGGAAGGCCUUGGAUACCUUCAUGAAGUAUUAAAUGUUGCACACCGUGAUCUGGUAAUAUUUUUUUUGUUUGGUAAUCAUUGAACUAAAAAAUAUCCGAUGUUCUUUAUUUAAUUUCUGUAACACUUAUAAUUAGCAUACCAAAAAUAUACUUAUAAACGAUGGAAAUAUUAAAAUAUCAGAUUUUGGAUUGUCUAAGAAUUUGAAUAGCACAAUGUCAUCUAAUAAUAAAUUCUUUGGAAUGAUACCAUUUAUUGAUCCACAAAAAUUAAAUCAUGGAAAAAAUUAUAUAUUGGAUAAAAGAUCUGAUAUUUAUGGUUUAGGAAUGAUAUUAUGGGAAAUCUCAAGUUGCCAAACACCUUUUUAUGGAGAGGAUUUAGCGUGUCUGACCCUUAAGAUUUGUCAAGGUUUAAAAGAAAAAUCUGUCAAAGGAACUCCAAUGGAAUACAAGCAUAUUUAUACAAGUUGUUGGGAAACAGAACCAAAUUCUAGACCAUUAAUCGAAGGAGUUCUUUCACGAUUGAAAUCUAUGUCACUUGAACCGGUCUUUGAAGAGGAUGAUAAAAUUUCAACGAUUAGCCUAUUCCAAUAUCGUGAUACAUCAAGGGAUUCUACUUCUGGUAUUAUUAUAAUUUUAUUAAAAAAUAGUAAUAGUGUUUUUUAUUAAAAUCAUUUAAAUUAAUUUUAUUAUUUUUUUAGAGUAUUCUAAUAAUGUAUCUUCUCUAACUAUACCUGAUGAUCUAAUCUUACCAACAAAUAAUGUAACUUGCAAAAGAUGUGAUUCAAAAUUCACAGAUCAAAAUUGGUGUUAUGAUUG